AUGCGCCUCCGCGACUGGGUCUGCGCGGGCUGCCACGCGAUCAACCUCGGCCAGCGCCAGUCCUGCUUCUCGUGCGGUGCUGUCAAGUGUGCCAACGCACGUGCUGCCACUCGUCAAGUCACAGAAAUCGACGAAGCCGGCCCUCCGCCGCGGAUGACUGACACAUCGGCUGCCGGGCUUCAUCUCGCGUCGACCGACGCCGCCUGCAAUGUCGAAGGCACCAGGCCGGCAGCCUACUACGCAGAGGCUGCAGCGCGGAGAGGCGGCUUCAAGCCCGAGAGCUUCCGCGUCCGCGCGAGUGAGGCGGUGACAGCCGGCGGCCGCGGUCACGGCGCCAGACCCGGGCAGCGGCCACGUGGAGACGCGUCUGUCAGCCACCGGGACGCCAUCGCAGCGCUCAAGGCGGACCAGCAGGCGGCCGCCAGCAGUGCCGCCGCACCCAAGAGAGCUGCCUCUCUCCCCGCACCAUUGACCGUCCGAACUUUGGCGCAGGCGCGGCGAGCGGCAGCCGAGGCGCAGCGGGCGGAGGAGCGGCGCGAGCGGCAGAGGCGGCGCGAGGCUACCGGCGACGCGCGGAGUCGGGGCGUCAAGACUAGCGGAGCGGAGAGUGACCAGCCGCUCGGCGAGCGCCAGACCGCCGGAACAAGCAAGAAGAAGCGCCUUGCGGCGCAAGAUCUCCUGGACACCUCUCUCUGCAACUCCGCGAUGCGAGACUUGGAGUUGGACUUCUAA